AUGUAAGAAUAAUCUGAUCGAGUGAAAGUUUAAUUAGAAAAAGAAGUAAAAUAAUUAGCAGUAGAAUUUGUUAAAGAAUAAUACUUAGAAAUCUUUUUAUAUCUAUAUGUUUAUUUUUUAAUUUGCUUUUAUUUAGAAAAUAUUUUAACAUUGGUAUAGGUUGUGAUUUGCCUAAUAUUUAUUGAUGCAUGUAAUAAUUAUAAUUUAUAAUAGGUAGAUUUAUUUAAACAUGUUAUUGUUUGCAAAAAGAAUUAAAAGUUUAUUAUUAUUUAGAAUCAUUUAUCUAUUGUUUAAUGAAAAUAUGUUAUAUUUUGAUAGUUGUACUUGAGAUUGAGUUUUAUUUGAUGUUAAUAAUGUUUCCAUUAUUAUUGUUGAUCCUAAGAUUGUUAAUAUAUUGCAACAAGAAAAAAUACUUCGCAUUUGUUGCAUUUUAAUAGUUCGUAUAGCAUAAAGAAUGACAUAAUAGUUUAAUGUGCUAUGGAAGAUUGUAAUUUUAGUAGAAACUUUAUCAGUAACUCUAAAAUUAGAUGAUUUAGUUGCUUGGGAUUGGAUACAAGUAUUAUGGUUGUUUUUGAUUCUUUUAAUACUUAACGGUGUAAUUACUUUUGUUUCAAUACUGUAUUUUGCAAUAAAAAUAAUUCCUGCUUUGCUCAAGAAAAAUGAAAAAUAAAAGAGUAGUAAAAUAUUAUUCAUAUAAAGGUGCCUAUUAUAUGUAAUUUGUUUUGUAUUAGACAACAAUAUUGUUAACAAAUCUAUUUUUAUAUCUCAACUACUCAACUUUGAAAAUAAUAUUGCCAAUAUUAUUUAUUUUUAUAACAUUUUACACUCAUUGUAAAAGAGGAGAUUUAGAAUUAUAUUACGCUAAUUUUAUAUUUAAUUUAGAAAUAGGAAAGGAUUUAGAAGAAAAACAAUAACCAUAUGAAUAAGCAACAAUUUUAUAGAGAGUUUCAACUAAUUAUUAUAGACCAAUAAUGGCAAAUGUUGGAUAAAGAUAAUCAAGUUAACCUCCAAUGUUGAGCAAUGAUUUAUAAUCUGUGAAUUCUGAAGAAUCUAAUUUAUGCAUCAUUUGCUAAGAUAGAGUAGGUGAGAAAAUCUUUAUGCCGUGUGGUCAUGGCAAAUUUUGUGCUCAAUGUAUAGGAAAUACAGAUGCAUGCUUUCUUUGCAGAAAUGAAAUUGCAUAAAUUCUUACAGUGUAACAAGAACACAUUAGUUUUGGAAUUGUUGCUAAAUGA